AUGAACAAUCUCAAUACUUCCAACCUCAAAACUACCGUUAGCACUCGCCAAUUAUCAGGAGAGGUAGAUAACCGUAAGACUUCUUUAUUGGCUAUGUUAGCCCAAGAAUUAAGUGGAGAAGAUAAAUAUGCGACUUUUCCGUAUGAAAUUAACUUAUUGUUUAAAGGUAAUAUUGUCCACGAAGCCCGGGCCGAAAAAAGAUUUUUAAGUCAUUUUUUUGCUCUCUCACGACACCAAGGGACUAAAAUAAUUUUGAAUGGGCAAAGGUUAGGGCAAGUGUGGAUAGAGUUGCGAGAGGUAGCAACGGCGGUUUGCCAGGUGGAGAAAUUGGCCUUAAAAGAAGAAGGGCUAUAUGUGCGAGUAGAGAUUUUAAUGGCUACAGCCUGA